UCUGCGUGUUCACAGCGGAGGGUGGAAGCGUGGAGAGUGCGAGGCACAAUUUAGGAGGGAGGUCAAGUGCGUGAACAACAGUGAAUUGGGAGGAGGGAGGGUUUGAAGCGCAGAGUAAUUUUCUGAGAGUUCGUCAGAGUCUGGCGGCCAACGGGAGAGAAGGAACGCUUUUAUCAAGGAGCUCCUGGUUGAAUCCUCAGAAAAGAAAGCGGCAGGGAGAUGCUGGAAAGCCCGCGCUGACCUGAAGGCACCGGUUUGGCACAAACUCCUGCAGACGAGGUUUGUUGUGAUGGGGACUGUGAGUGAGCUGUGUGCGUCCAGCUUCCAGGCUUUUCUCUGUCCUACAGUGCGAGCAGGAACACCUGCUGCAGCAUCAGUGCCUGAUGAUCUCAGUCCCGAGGAGCAGCAGGAGCUGGAGAGCAUCCGCUGCAGGAAGAAGGAGCUGCUGCUGGACAUACAGAGGCUGAAAGAUGAGAUAGAAGAGGUGACCAGUGAAAUAGAAAACCUGGGAGUGACAGAACAGAGGAAAAGUAUGCAGAGGAGUAAACAGAUGGCUAUGGGACGGAAAAAGUUUAACAUGGACCACACAAAGGGGAUUCGAUUCUUGAUUGACAGCUCGCUUUUGAAAAACACCAGCGAAGACAUCGCUAAGUUUCUGUACAAAGGAGAAGGGCUGAACAAAACCGCCAUCGGGGAUUACCUCGGGGAGAGAGACGACUUCAACAUCAAAGUUCUUCACGCUUUCCUGGAGUUACACGAGUUCACGGACCUGAACCUGGUGCAGGCUCUGCGGCAGUUUCUGUGGAGCUUCAGGCUGCCCGGCGAGGCUCAGAAGAUCGACCGGAUGAUGGAGGCGUUCGCCCAGAGAUACUGUCACUGCAACCCCGGAGUGUUUCAAAGCACGGAUACCUGCUACGUGUUGUCAUUCGCCGUCAUCAUGCUGAACACGAGUCUACACAACCCCAACGUGAAGGACAAACCCUCGGUCCAGAGGUUCACGGCGAUGAACCGAGGAAUCAACGAUGGCGGAGACCUGCCUGAAGAUCUGCUCAGAAAUCUGUAUGAAAGCAUCAAGAACGAACCCUUUAAGAUCCCAGAGGAUGAUGGCAACGACCUCACACACACGUUCUUCAACCCCGACAGAGAAGGAUGGCUGCUGAAACUAGGGGGACGAAUGAAGACCUGGAAAAGACGCUGGUUCAUUCUCACAGACAACUGCCUGUACUACUUUGAAUACACCACUGAUAAGGAACCCAGAGGGAUAAUUCCGCUGGAGAAUCUGAGCAUCAGAGAAGUUGAAGACUCAAAGAAACCGAACUGCUUUGAGCUCUUCAUCCCCAACCACAAAGAUCAGGUGAUCAAAGCCUGUAAGACGGAGGCCGACGGCCGCGUCGUCGAGGGCAACCACACCUUUUACAGAAUCUCCGCUCCGACCGCAGAGGAGAAGGAAGAAUGGAUCAAGAGCAUCAAAGCUGCCAUCAGCAAAGACCCGUUCUAUGAGAUGCUGGCUGCUCGGAAGAAGAAAGUCUCCACCCUGAGAGGCUUGUAGGAGGAGGAGGAGAAACCUGCAGCUGCACUGACCUGGCUCAGAGGACUUCUGCCUUCUAACCAAUGCUGACAGCAACAACACCGGCUUAAGACCAGAAUCAUUUUAAUGUUUACAGACUAAAAUCCUUUGACACAUCUGUUUAAGUCACUGGAGCUACUUGAGCUACUUCUCCCAAUAAAAUAAAUAUUCUUUAGCUCCACAAAAGGUAAGAAAAACUUUGAUAUAUUUAUAUAAAAGAACACAAAGCCAUCAUGAAAUAGUUUGUUAGGUCACUUUCGCCUGGACCUUUGGUGUUUAGUCUGGUUUUCUCUGCUGUUGGUCUUUUGUCAGAACUACAAAAGAAUGCAAUAUUUAUUUUUCUGUAAUUUAUUGUUUUCCUCAAUAAAACUUUUAACUACUA